UCUUACAGUAUUUGAUAGAUUCUUCCAAACAGAAAUAUCGAUGCAUUAUUUUAGAAUCGCGUCAUAAGAUUUAGAAACCAUUACGAAUAUUAAUUGUCAAAAAUCAUUAUAUCAAUGUUAAUUAUUUAAUUAAAUUGAUUGUAUGAAUUGCUAAUAAAAGCAAUUAAUUUAAUUAUUAAAUAAUGGAAAAACAACCGUUAAAUCCAAAAGAUGAUAAACCUCCGUCUUAUUCGGCGGCAACUGCACCAAAAGUAAAUUGUUCAUGGCAACCAUCACCAGAUUACAAUUCCACACAAUGUCAAGAAUCUACUUCAUGGCCUCCACCUCCAGGAUAUUAUCCUAGUGUCAGUGAAACUAAUAGUCACAAUUAUGUACCUUCUUAUGGUUCUACACAAUCAACCACAAUAAUUAUGCCAGAAAUUAUUUUUGUUGGAAGAUGUCCUGCAUGUAGAGUGGGCAUUAUGGAAGAUGAUUUUACAUGUCUUGGACUACUAUGUGCUAUUCUAUUCUUCCCAGUGGGCAUAAUUUGUUGCUUAUUGUUAAAGACACGACGUUGUUCUAAUUGUGGUGCAUAUUUUGGUUAAUGUGUUACUAUUUUACAGUAACCAUUUCUGAAACUAAAUAUAUUAUUAAUCUAAUUUUAAUAUAAUUAUGUAGCUAAUAUAAUUAUAUGAUAUUGAAAGAUAAGAACAUAAGCAAUUAAUUUUUUACUAAUAUUAUAUAAUUAUAAUUAUCUAUAUUGCAUUAUUUGAGGAAAAAUAAUGCUUCAAUGAUCAGGAAUAUAUACAAUAAUUAGUUAAAUAGAAGUUCAUGAAAUAUUGACAUAUAUACAAUUAAAAGAUUCUCUAUACAUUUAAGACUUUAUUGAU